GGGAUCAAUGGGCAAUUGCGACGCAGGAGCGUAGGUAUCAACAAGAUCCAUGGACUGUCCUCUGUGAAGCUUCCCUUUGAAACCCUGCGGCAGCUAUCGCAGGCGCUGCGCUCUGUACUCCGUACCUCCAAUGUACCUGCAGAACCGAGCAUGGCGACCAGAACUUUUCUACCAACUACACAGUAUCAUACAGCUCGCUGCCCAGAAAAUACCAUUGUCUCCUGGGCAUUUUCACACGAUAUAUCUAAUCUCCAUAUGAUUCUGUUAUUUCUGGCGCCUCCAGCCUCAGCCGCGCGGCCUGCACCUUUGUGCCGAGUCGCUUCGGAAGUUAGCUGAGACUCGGCCAAUCAGCGCCCGAACCGGCCGCCGCCCGGUAAAUGGAGAUGCUGCCGGCGCCGGAUUUGGAUCGGCCGGAGGACCGUGUCGGGCCCGAUGCUCCGGUGCAUUUCGGCAGCGUUAUUGAACGCAUCGUACAGCAAACACAUAGAUAAAUGGCGCCUGAACCGCGCUCCGUCUUUUUGCAAAUACUUUUGCCUGGCUGGGACUGAGCCUUCAAGCAGUGUGAUAUUUUCUGAGAGCCAAACCAGCCCUUUUGCACGGUGUCACCAUGGCAGCCACCGACUCCCGGAAGACGGUCCGCAUCGGCGUCUUCAUCCCGGCAGACUGCCAACUCCUCGACAUGGCGUGCAUCGACAUCUUUGGCACCAUGAGUUACGAGUACUUCUCGCUAGUCAAGGGCCUCGUCCCUGCCCCGAUGCUCAACCUCGCUCCGAGCGUCCAAAUCUCCUAUAUCUCGACCAUCCAGCCAGGCGAGCUCAUCCCGCUCACCGCAUCCGCCCGGGUAAGCUGUACCCAUCACCUUUCGCACCCGGCCGUGCAGCCCGGCCAACUCGACAUCGUCCUCGUCCCUGGGCCCGACCCGACAAUCGACUGGACGGACGGGGACAAGAAAGCGGCGCUGGAAUGGCUUGCCGCCCACGCGGCGAGGCCCGAGACUGACAUCCUCUGCGUCUGCACGGGCAUCUACCUGUGCGGCGCGGCGGGCCUGUUGAAGGGCAAAAAGGCUUGCGGUCCCAGGGCUUUGCAGGGUGACUUGGCGAAGAAGUUCGAGGGGGUGGAGUGGGUCGGGGAAGAAUUGAGGUGGGUGCGGGAUGGGAAUUUCUGGAGUAGCGGUGAGUGA